AUGUUAAUCGAAUUCAGCCCUUCUUCUUCUUUCAUUCAUUUUGUGCUCUUCUUCGGGAGACCGGACUCAGACACCCAUUCAUUUGUGUUUGCUCCAUUUGCAGUCCACCAGUCAUUUUCCCCAUCAUUCAUCAUGAUGCACAUUCAUCGAAACGACCUUCUGACGAUUGAAAGUACUUCCGCAUCAAAACCGAGUCUUUUAUCAUCGUUCUGGAGCAUCAAUGUUCAAGUUCAGAACAACGAACGUCUUGACCUUGACCCAAAAACAUGCUCACAGUUCUCGCUACCAGAAGUUGCACAAAAUGAGGGAGAUACCUUCAAUGUACAGCGGCCAACUCGUAGUUUGUCGGGUAAGUAA